GCUGUGGGUAAAGCAACCGCCCAUGACCGCCGUAGGUUAGGAAGGAAGUUCGAGAGAAGAAGAUAGUGGUUGCAAGUGUUUCUCAGGACGGCUGUUAUAUGAAGAAUCCAUUCACUCCAUAAUGUCCGAAGAAGUAACAGUCAAAGAUGAUGUGGAUAUUGUAACACCAUUUCUAAUCUUCCUUGCUGUAGGAUUCUUUUUCGGAAUCAUACUAUGCUACCUGCAUAUUCGUAUGGUCAAGUCCAUGGUUGCAGAACGACUUUCACACAUUCCGAAAGCAAAGAAAGUGAAAGUGAAAAAGAAGAAAAAGAAGAAGAAAAGAAGAUAAGAGGCUGUGUGGU